AUGUCCGCGACAACAGCAUCCUUCCCUCUGCCCUCCUCUGAUCCCAACAAGACGCCCUCUAAGACGCGCUCCUUCUCCGAUCCACCCACCGCAGCCACCCCAUCCGGCGCACCUUCAACUUUAGCACCCUCCCCGACCUUCCUGGAGAAGCGAGGCCCGUCCCAGCAGCAUAGCAAAGACGACCAUGCCCUCCCUCCCACAACCCCGAAAGCCUCCCGCCCUUCGCGGCGCCCGGACUUCCUGUCGCGCGGACUGUCGCUGCAGAUGCCCCCAGGCGGCAGUACCUUCUCCUCGGGCUCAAUGCCCUCCCCCUCGCACUUCCCCAGACCUGCGGAUGUACCACUCUCGCCGCAAUUGAAUCGAGAUAGCGUGUACAUGCAACAGCAGCAGUCGGAGUCACCUAGCGCAAAUGCCAGUCUCUCCGCUUCACCGGCGACAUCUCUGCCCCGACAUUCACGUGGAUUGGAUUUCUCUCGAGCUUGCACCAAUCUGCAUCACUCGACACUCGCGGAGCAGAGCUCACCUGAUUCGAGUCCAGUGAUUUUGCAGAGGGGGAUGAUGAUACCAGGCAGCAAUCAAGGUGUGAACGGGAGGAAAGGCAGCAUGAGCAGCAUGAUGCUGGAUUCGCCGAAUGUUAACGGGAUGGGGAGCAUGCCGUGGGGCUCACAGGUCCCUGAACGAAGUGCUGUGAGCAGUUCGGUGGGAAGCGUGAACAUGCUGGCUAGCGACAGUGAGAGUAGUGGGAGUGAUGACGAUGCGAGCAUGGGUGGGGAUGACCAAGACGACCCCAUAUUCACCACACCGCAGGUGCACAAGCUGCAGAACCCCAACGCGCCGACGCCUUUCGCUGGGUCGGCGACACCGGGCGCGGGACAGAUGUGGGGUGGUGGCAGUCAUCCAUUCUCGCCUGCGCAGGCGUCGCUGAUGAGGACGAUACGGAAGUCGAGGCUGCCGAAGAAUGGCAAGAGGGGGAGGAAGAGCUCCAGCGCGAGCGCGAGUGGGAGCGGAUACUCUUCUCUGGCAUCACCACGGACGACAUCUCCACCGCCUAUGCGAAGUAUUGAGUCAGCUGCGAACGGAGGCUACUUCAAUUAUGCGACAGCUGCUAGGAGUAGACGGGAGAGCUUGGCUUUGGGUACCGACGGGCUCAAUAUCUCGAGUGGGAACGAUAGCGGCGACGAGGCGUCUGGGACUGCACCAUCGACGCCAGCAGUCGUCAGGAGAGCGGUCACCAGGCGUGGGAACCUCCUGCCGAAGACGAAAGGCUUCGCCCGCAUCCGUGCUGCUUUACUGGAGGAGGCUGCGCCAGUGGAUACAGAGGUCCGCCGCGAAGCUGAGACUAUUCGUCAAGUGCGCGAACGAGACGGCAGCAUCGAUGAUCUCGACCUCAAUUACGACGGCCGCCAAACCGCUACCGCUCAGUCUUCGCCUUCGUUGCUUCCAGCCGUACCUGAAGCCAUUCAAGAAGACUUCGAGAACAAUCUGGAUGGCGACAACAGCGCCAGCUCCGGCAACGCGAAAGGCCUGGGUAUGAACUUCGCCACCCACGCCAAUCGCAACUCUGGUGGCCUCAAAUACUGGAACCGCUUCGACCCCUCCCUGCAACGUACUCCACCUCCACCAGUCUCCUUCACCCGCGCCGGCAGCAGCACCAUGUCCGACAUCAACAUGGACAGCGAACCCAACAACACCAAUACGCCCCUCUGGCGCCGCCCACGCGCCCGCUCGUCAGCCUCCGAUGCCUCAGAAGCUUUGGUACCAAACAGCUCUGGCAUGCAAGCAGCCGGCGUCAACGACGACAUGCACAUCAAGAAGUUCAAGCGCCGUCGUGAAGAUGACUUCGACAUCGCCACCAUCAAACGCCGCGCCGUAUCACCAGGAAUGAGCGCACAGAACUCGCCUGUGCUGCAGACGCAUUCGCCGUCGCAGAAGGAUGGUGGGAUGGCGUGGGGCAUGCCGCCGGAGCGGAAGGAGAAGGAGCCUUCGAAUACUAUGAUGCCUUCGCAGCAGAGCAGUAGGCAUGGGAGUGGCGGGAGUAGUGUCUCGUUGCCUGGUGGCGUGGCGGGAACGGGCAAGAAGUUGGGACUGCAGGGGAUGAAUGACACGAAUGACGGGUUGAUGAAUAUGACCAUUGAUUGA